UAUUUUAAACUUUCCCUUGAAUGUUAUUUUAAAUUACUUAAACUAUUAAACAUCCCACAAAAACAUUUUGUAAUCAGUGAUUUAAAUUUUUGUUAUAAAUAAAAAUGAUCAAAAAUAGAAAAAAUGUUUAUUUGGAUUAAUAAAAUUUAUUUAUGUAUUUGCACCAAUUUAAUUAUAUAUGUAGCAGUUACUAAAUUUUUUAUUAUAUAUUUAUUAUUUCAUAAUAUGUAAAACAUAUAAUAUAUAAAACUAAUUUAUAUAUAAUAUUCAUUUCCCGCAAGGUCCGGAUAACCUAGUAGUUAUUAUUAAUGAAUUUCUGGAUGAUUUUAUAUGAUUUGUCGUUUUAUUUUUUAUUCUUUCAAAUCACUAUACUUGAAAAUUUGUUUUUACAGAUUCUUUUCAAAAACUACAAACUUUUUAAAUUCAUAAUUUUUUAAAAAAAUUCAAUUUUAAAAUAUUUAAUGAAAAUAAAUGUUAAUUAAGAAUGUAUUUUAUAAUUAAAAUUAGUGUUAUUAGAUUUAAUGCUUCUUAUAAUCUCUGUUAAAUGUUAAAACAUUAUUUUGAUGAAAAUCACUCUAAAUUCAUAUUAACAAAAUCCUCAUUAAAAUUCACACUUACUGUUUACUAAUUAGUUUAUUGGUUGAAUAUUUAAUUGAAAAGAAAAUCUAAUAGAGUUAUUGGACAACUAAUAUUUUCUUUGAUGCCUGUAAUCUUAGUUAUGUGUUAUCCGGUUGAUAUUAAUUAUUAAGUAAAUUUUAGUGUAUUUUAUUAAGUUAAAAAAUUGGUAAAUCUUAUAUUUUGAUGUAAUUUGUUAUAAAAGAUGAUCUGAAUUUAUGAUGUUUUUUUUUCAUCUGAAUAUAAUUGACAAAACUUGGUAGAAUACAAGAGUGAAUUACAAUAUGAUGGAAUACACUAAGACCUCCAAAAUUAAAAUCUAAAAAAGGAAAUCACAAUCCCAAACGGGAGAAUCACAUAUAAAAGAGAACAAGCUGAAUUGAACUCUAAAAUCACAUUCACAAGGUGAAUUUAUGGUGAUUAAACAUGUUUUAUUUGCAAAAUCAUUUACAAGUUAAAUGUACACAAACUAAUAAAGAAUUUACUCUCUUUCUCAAGAUCUUACAGAGAACAUUUUUUUUGGUUUCCUCACCGAGUUCUCUUCCAAUGCUCGAACCUCCUUUCCGGUAUCGAUGUCGUCCACUCGGUUCUCAGUUCUGGCUUUUAAAUUUGGAUGUCUUUGUUUUCUUUUUCUAUUGAUGGGCGAUGACUUUUAAUUUUAUGUCGCACUUUACAUUUGUGUUGAUGGUGCUUUCCACCAAAAUCUUCACGGUUUUGUUUAUUCUAUAGUUCUUAUGGUUCCUCUGUUCAACCGAUUCUCCUUUCUAACCUCCUAUGUGUUUUCCAUCCCUUGGUUGGGUUUUUUUUUAUAUUUGCUUUUUGUCCUUAUAUUAAAAAUGUUUGGAAUUCUUACAGGAAAAUCGAAGGUUUUAGAACUGAUUGAAGUUGAUUGGAUUCUAUUUCCGAAACGUAGAUCCGGAUCUAUGGAACCACGAGUUGUGUCAGAGAGGAUAUGCAGAAGGGAAUUCGACGCAUAAUUGUUCACAGGUGUAGACCUGACUGUAGAAGACGCUUCACUGAAAAAUCCGCGACUAUUCCUGAAGUUGAUUGCGUAAGGAAGGCAUUAUCUGAUAAGAAGAAGGGUAAGAUGCCAGACACUGUCGUUCAUGGUAAGCACUUUAUGAACUUGAAGCUGGGUUUAGGUUUAGGUUCUGGCACCCAGCAAUUUGGAACGGCUGAUGUCCUGGCAAACGACGAUAGUCCUGAUGAUUGUGAGAUUCUAGCUUUUGCGAGAACGCAAGGAGUGAUAGCCUUACAUUGAUCAACACCACAUGAGGCGUGAGCUUUCAGUCAAGAGCAUUGUCAUGAUGGCUGACUCUUUCAUCAGUCGGUUCCUCGCCAGCUGCAAACACUUUCAAAGGGAGGUUGAUUUUUCCAUCUUACGAUUAAGAAAUCAAAGCACUAUCUUUGACUAGAGUUAUGAUUUUAGGAGAAGAAAUAAGAAAAAAAUUGGAUAAAAGAGGAAUGAAUCAAUGAAUUUAAAGUAGAUGGUUAUUAGAGGUUAAGUUAAUGUUAGUGUUUUUAAAACCGGACCGGCGAGCGAACCGGAAAUAUUUUGGGUCAUGGGUCAAUGUGGUUCGACCUGGUUCGACCUGAUUCGAUUGGGUUCGACCGGGUUUGAUGUACUAAA